CUGGGCGACGCCACGGAAGGGGCCAGCAGCUGGCGGGAGGUGGACCUCCUGGACCUCUGCUAUGGCUCUCUGCUCAGAGCCGGCUACCUGACCCUGUAUGGAGUGGAGGCGUCCCCACGCACCUAGGAGAGCCAGGCCCAGGACAGAGCCCACUCGGCCAACGUCUACCACACCUUCCGCCAGCUGGACCUGAUGCUCCCCAAGCUGGCGCGAGGCUCCCUGUCAGUGGGGGAUAAUGACCGUGUGUGCAGCGUCAAAGCCCACCUGUGGAAGCUGCUGUCCCCCGUCAGGCUGGCCACGCGAGCCCAGCGGAGCAGCUGGCUGGAGAGCUACCUGCGGCACCUGGAGGAGCUGGGGGUUUCGGAGGAGAUGCAGGCGCGGGCCCUGGUGCUGCAGCUGUGGGCUACACAGGGAAACAUGGGGCCUGCUGCCUUCUGGCUCCUUCUCUUCCUCCUCAAGAAUCCCGAGGCCCUGGCUGCUGUCCACGGGGAACUCGAGGGCGUCCUCUGGAGAGCAGAGCAGCCCGGCUCACAGAUGACCACCCUCCCGCAGAAGGUCCUAGACAACAUGCCCGUGCUCGACAGCGUGCUGGAUGAGACCCUCAUGCUCACAGCUGCACCCUUCAUCACCCGGGAGGUGGUGGUGGACAUGGCUAUGCCCAUGGCCGAUGGGCGGGAAUUCUCUCUGCGACAUGGUGACCGCCUCCUCCUCUUCCCCUUCCUGAGUCCCCAGAGAGACCCUGACAUCUACUCGGAUCCUGAGACGUUUAAAUACGACCUGUUCCUGAACGCCGACGGGUCGGAGAAGAGAGACUUCUACAAGGACGGGAAGCGGCUGAAGCACCCUAGCAUGCCCUGGGGGGCGGGCCACAACCAGUGCCUGGGCAGGGGCUACGCCGUCAGCAGCAUCAAGCAGUUCCUGGUCCUGGUGCUGACGCACUGCGACCUGGAGCUGAUCCGGGCAGACGUGGAGGUCCUCGAGUUUGACCUCAGCAGGUACGGCUUCGGCCUGAUGCAGCCAGAACUUGACGUGCCUGUGCGAUUCCGCGUCCGGCCCUGACCUGCGCGGCUCUGCCUUGCUGCAGGGCAUCGCCCUCUCCUGCUGCUCCAGAGGCUGUGUCCACUGAGGGGACGAGGGCGGGAGCUGCGAAGGACACAGCAGGAAAGACCGCAGAGGCUCGGACCGCUGCAGACCUCAAGCCGCAGCCGGACUCCUCCUCCCCGGCUCACCUUGCUCCUGUCACCUGGUGAUGUCCCCUGAAGCUAAUCCAGACAGGGCAGGGCCAUGAGUCCUGCUGCCAGGCCCCC